AAACGCGGACGUGCUUGGGAGAGGGAGCGCCUGCGCGCGCGCGCGCGCCGGGAAAAUGGAGGAGGCGGGAUUAAGAGUUUAAGGUGGCGUUUCGAUUGGCGGAGGUGACUCGCUCGUUGGCGAUUCUCCCGUAGCCUGCGUGACGCAACGACGUCGGCAACGUCUCUGUCGAGGCUCUCUCCCAAGAUGGCGCCGCGCAGGGGUUGUCGUUGAUGCCUCGACGCGUUUGGCUCCCUGUGGCGCGUUGCUUCUGUGAGUCGUUCUGGGGAAUGCGAGUUGCUGAAAGAGGGUUACGGGCCCCCCGGAAGUCUCCUAAAAAGGGGUUCCCUCCUAGAAAGAGCUUGUGGCGGCGACAGUAAUGAUGGUUGGAAAAGCGUUUGCUCCACUCUUCCCGUUUUUGCCUCAGCCCCUCCUGAAACCGCCUUAAAAGGGCUCUUGAGGAGGUUUUUUGAUAAUAAUGAUGAUGAUAAUGAUAAUAUAUUUAUACCCCGUCCAUCUCGCUGGGUUUCCCCAGCCACUCUGGGCGGCUCCCAACAGAAUAUUAAAAACGAUAAAACAUCAAACAUUAAAAACUUCCCUAAACAGGGUUGCCUUCAGAUGUCUUCUAAAAGUCAGAUAGUUGUUUAUUUCCUUGACAUCUGAUGCUAAUGAUGUAAAGGAUGUUACCGGCAAAAACCUAUGUCAUAAUAAAAUAGUAAAUUUUAAGGUGCCACAAAAGGCUCUGGUAGAUUCCUGUUAUUUGUGUGUGUGACAUUUUGUGUGGGAAACAGUUGUCUCCUCGUCAUAAAACUAAAUCCUUUCCCCCCCCACCAAAGGUUUGGCAGUCGCCCUGUAAAAAAACCAACACUGGAAAACCAGGAACCGUUCGGCAUCAAUAAAUGAAGGAAACAAAAGAGAACUCCAGCCCUUCUGUAACAUCGGCAAACCUGGACCACACGAAACCAUGCUGGUACUGGGAUAAGAAAGACUUGGCUCAUACGCCAUCGCAGCUAGAAGGACUCGAUCCAGCUACCGAAGCAAGAUAUCGGAGGGAAGGUGCUCGCUUCAUAUUUGAUGUAGGAACCCGUUUGGGACUGUAUCCUUUGAGUUGGGUGCUGCACAGUUGGUUGGGUGUUGCUUUUUUUUUUAGCAGUUGAGAAUUCAGUUAAGAUUGCUCUUGCUUAAACACCUGAAUACUUUAAAGUCAGGCAAAGUAGGUGUUGAGUAGUUCCACCUGAAUACUUAAGUCAGGGUUUCAAUAGCUUGUGUGCAGUCAUCUGGUGAAGUGGCUUAUAGGAUGGGAGGGAGAGUACCCGCUUUCCCCUUCCACCCUAAUACUGGGGACAGUCAUGAAACUGCUAUCUUGCAAAAGUGUCAAUCCAGGACGGAAGAGAAGUUUGUUGCAAUGGAUCUGUGACACUGACACUGUGCAUGGGAGUGCAUUCUUGGCAAACAACCCUAAGCAGAUGCAUCAUCAUUAAAAAAAUUAAGUUGUCAUCAUUGCGUUUUGAUGCAUCAUUCAGUUUCAUUUGCAGUUAAUCUUUAGAGCUGGGUUUGAGCUAAAAUCUGUUCAGAGCCUUAUCUUGUAAUCCAGACAUUACGAUACGCUAGCGACUGGGAUAAUUUAUUUUCAUCGAUUUUAUAUGUUCCAUUCCUUCAAGCAGUUUCCAAGAUAUGUAAGUAUAAAUAUGCUGUUUUUAUUCAAAAACUGUUAAUAGUACUCUGAUGGUUCAAAUAUAUGCGAUUUCGCUGAUGUGCAGGUGCCUCUAAACGUAGCCCCCACAUAAAUGGGGGGGGGGUUGCCUGUACAAUCCAUAAUUCAAACUAUAGUUAGGCUAUAGCUUAGUAUUUUUGCUGGGACCAUACCAUAAUAUGCUACAUUAAAUAGGGAUAGUUUAUUUUGCAAAUUAAAUUUCUACCAGUUGAAAAUCUGAGGGUGAAAUUGGUGAUUUCAUAGUUGUACCUCGGCUUCCAAAGCCUUGGGAGUCAAACAUUCCAGCUCCUGAAUGAUUGAAAACCGGUAGUGAGUGUUCCAGUUUUCAAACGUUCUUUUGGAAGCUGAACAUCCGACGGGGCUUCUGCUGUUUCCAAUUGGCUGCAGGAGCUUCCUGCAGCCAAUCAGAAGGCACCCUUUGGUUUCUGAACGUUCAGGAAGUCAAAUGGACUUGCGGAACGGAUUCCGUUUUGACUUUUGAGGUACGACUGAUACCUCGGAAGUCAAACGGAAUCUGUUCCAGAAGUCCAUUCAACUUCCGGAAACAUUCAAAAACCAAGGCACGGCUUCCGAUUGGUUGCAGGAGCUUCCUGCACUCAGUCAGAAGCCAUGUCAGACAUUCAGAUUCCAAAGAAAGUUCACAAACUGGAACACUCGCUUCUGGAUUUGCGGCGUUCGGGAUCCAAGGUACGUACAACGGUAUAGUGAUUACAUUGCCAGUAGGUGGCCUAUUAGAAACAGAAGAUUGAACUAGGUGGAAUAUAAUGUAAAAUCAUGUUCCUAUGGUCCCAAGGUGUAAAGGUCAUAUGAAUGCCACUGUUACACUUCAUUGUGUGCUCUCACAAGUGGCACAACCCAUUAUUGUGUGUACAAAUCCGGCAUGACACAAUGCCAUUUUUGUUUGCAAAAUUAUUUCAUGGCAAUGUUAGCUACUAUGGUUUCUGGCAGCUCUUUUAUUAUCAUGAUGCAUUGACCUUGGUCAAGUACAGCAAUAAAAUCUUAUACAACUUUCCAAAAUACUGGUGGUGAUGGUGAACAGUUAGUAGGGGCUUCAGUGUGGUGUGCAUAGUCCCACUUGUGCCUGCAAAGGCCUUCCCUGACACCCGCAGGACCCUCCUCCCUCUCAUUGCUUCUCAUUGCUUGAAAGAAGCAUUUUAUUGCAGCAAAUAGAAAAGGUUCUAUUGUCUGCUUGGUUUCAGUCUGAGUAUUGUGCCCUUGACAGUUUUUCCAGUUUGCAAAUGUGUCCAUGGGCCCCAAAUGGUUGACAGCCCCAUCACAUUGAUCAGAUAUAAUUAUUAUUUUUUGUAUGAGUGGAUAAUCUGUUCUUUUAUAAAAUAAAAUUAUUAUUUCCUCUGAAUUUUAUAUUUGGGCAACUUUCUAAAGGAGAUCUCUCUCUCUCUCUCUCUCCCCCCCCCUCUCUCAAUAGGUGACUGGAGCUUGCUGUCUCUUCCUAGCAGGAAAAGUUGAAGAAACACCCAAAAAAUGUAAAGAUAUAAUCAAAACAGCUCGUAGUUUAUUAAAUGACGUGCAGUUCGGGCAAUUUGGAGAUGAUCCAAAGGUAAACGGACAUGUGCUAAGGAUGCUUGAACUUAAGUUAACAUGGUACAACCCUAGUAAUAUUGUCUGUAGAUAUUUAGUAUAGCACAUGGUUUUAGUGAUGGUGUUAGAGUAAAAUAGUGUGAACUAGAAGUCUUCUUAAGCUAGAUAAAAAAACUUGAUACUUUUAAAAUAAAAUAUUACCAGGACCUUUCAUCAGUAUUUAAACAGCUGGAAGAUAUUUCAGUGGUUGGGUUCAUUUAGAUAGUAUUUUUGCCAUAUGUUAUUUUCAAAGGCGAUGUGUAUUGCAGUGCUUGUGUGUUGUUCUCCUUUGCGUUUGCCUGUCUUUUCAGCAAAGAAAUAAUCCACUGCACAGGGGAAGCAGUGAAACUGGCCACACAGAGUGCAGCCAUAUGCAUACAGUAAGCAAACUGGAACAAAUACACUUUUGUCACUUAUUUCUUUGUUAUAGUUAUAAUAGGCAUUUUGUUAGCCACGAAGUCUUCAGAUGACUUAGAUAUAAAAUUAAUUUUCAAAAAAUUAACAUAUGCUGGAAAGUCUUGCAGGUUAGCAUGAAUAUAGUAUUUCAUUGGCUUUUUUCUGCAUAAUUUGGUAAACAGUGUACAUGUCUUGCUAGACAGUGCUGUCGCGUUAUUUGUGAGUAACUUUGGAUGUUUGGAAGCUUUUGAACACCUCUUGGAGCAACUCCUUGUAAAUAUCACUGUGGUUGUCUAUUUUUUGUGUAAAUUUCUGUAGACCCAAGUCUUGAACUAGUCAUAAGGCACUCAGAUAGCCAAUAUUAGCAAUAAGGAACUGCUUGUCCACUUUGACUUCUGAGAAUGUUUCCUCCAACUUUGCUUGGAGUUUUAGGCUAAGAAGCUCCUAUCACAGUUUGAUGGCUGAACAAGCUUUUGGUUCCACUCCUACCAUCUUCUCAUAGCCAUGGAUGGUUGCCUAGCUCUUGCACCUAGUGCUAUAAGUAAUGGGGGGAAAUGAAAGAAUAUGCUCAGGGAGUACUGUCAACUUCCAAAGUAUCCCUUUAUGAUGGAUAUUUUACUUUGGCUGUUGGAAGUCAUUCCUGAAAUCAUUGAAAUCCGGAAGCUCGCAUUUCUUUUCCUAGUAAUUAGCAUUUGACUGCACUUCUGUGCAGUUUCACUCUUUCCCCAAAACUGUGCUGCAGUAUUAUGGACUUUUUAAAAGAAAAAGACAAAAAUGUGGUUGUGCAGCAGGGAUCAGCAACAGGAUUUGCCAUUGGGCUUUAUUGUGGAGAUAGUACUAGCUAGGAAAGUAAGCUCUCUCACUGCCGUGAGAACUUGUGACUUCCCCCAUUCCACCUUCCUCUUCUCUUCCCCUAUUUUUCCCUUUCUGUGACACUUUGCCAGCAGAUCAAGAGGGUGGUUUUUUUUGCCAGAAGUGGAAACUGGAGGCACACAAGGCUUGAUCUUAAUCAUGGUUCCUUAUGCUCUGCUCUUUGUUGUCCCUAUGAUCUCCAAGUCCACUGUGAUGCCAAGUAUAGGAUCUGAAAAAAUAAUUGAAUGGUUCUGGUCAUCAGUGAGGUAGAAGGUGAUUUCCAGUCGCUGAACGUUGUUGCACAACCACAAUAAUGUGGGUGUUUAUAUGCACUCAUUUUAUAUAGCUGUUAAAAGCAAAAUUUUAGUUUUUAAAAUUAGGUGAGGUUACUGCAGACAAGCCCAGAAGUAGAUAACCCUCGAUGUGGCUAUACUUGGCAUUAUUGUGUAAUGCCACCUGGAAUUUUAUAAAAUGUAAAAAAAAUAAAAAUCAGUUGGCUUUUUGGAGUAAUGGAGUCCUUGCUCUCUUCUUAUGAUAUUUAGGAAGAAGUUAUGGUUUUAGAGAGGAUCUUGUUGCAGACAAUAAAAUUUGACUUGCAAGUGGAGCAUCCUUACCAGUUCCUGCUUAAAUAUGCUAAGCAGCUCAAAGGUAUGAAUAGCAUUGCAUUUCUCAGUGCUGGUGUGUAUAGGUGAUUUCAUAUUCAUUUCCCCCCACUGUUUUUUGCCACAUUUUUAGAAGAAAUUAUUGAAGAGUGGGAGGCAGACAGAUGAAAUGUCUGAUAGGCCAUUUAGCAUAUUUUGCGCUGAAUGUGUGUGUUUUCAUGUAUGCCAUUUGUUUCGUAGACUGAGAUCUGAGCUUACACUUACUCAGGGGCUUCUGCAUGCCUUUUCUCAAUGUAAAACCCUGUAUGUGUACAACAUCAAGCCUGUUACGGUUCUUAAUUUGCCUCAUGAGGCAAUUGUCCCUCAGUCAGGCCUACCUGCAGCUCACUUGAUGUCAUAUGAUGUCAGGCAUGGGAUAGAUAAAGCUGUGGUUGAAAAGGAGCAAUUGACAGUGCUUUCAGCAUCAUUCAAAUUUGAUGCUGAAUGCAAGCCACACUGCGUGGGUUGGAUGCUCCUCGUAUCAGAUGAUUAACUGGUGGAUGGACCCUGCACACCUGUCAUAUGGGACUUGUAGAAGGUUGGUCACAAUUGGAUCUGGCCCAGCAGCUGAAACAUAUUCCCCACUCCUGAUAAAGUAGAAAGUAUGAAAACUGUGUAGUAGAUCAUCACACAUUUUUAUUUUUUUCCCUGCAGUUAAACUGCAGUGUAUUCUUUCUUCCAAGGAGGAAGAGACAUCUAAUUCUGCUUAGGUCAAGGAACACGUCUCAUUUUUUUCAUUUUCUUUUUAGCUGGAGUUGCCACAAUUCCAAGUAGCAGCUGAGGGCUGUGUGUAGAGAGCUAUUGUUGAAAAAGUUAGACUUGCACAUUCGCUGUUUAGUGGAAGGUGGGGUCUCUGAUUCUAGCCUCUUUUGUUUGGCAGAAUGUAACCUUCUCAAAUGGGCUUUGACUGCACAAUCCAUUGAAUCAAAAGCUUCAUGCGGUUGUGUGCAAAGUUCACCAUCUAGAUGGAGAUAGCCCUAAAGAAAUCUGCCUCUAUAUACUUGGUCCCAAUGUAGGUAAGGAAAACAUGUAAAGCUGUUUUUCUUACUGAGCCUGCAAACUGCAAAAACACAACAAAUUUCUUUGGUUGUAAUCCUAUAUACACUUAUGUGAAGGCCAGUUUUACUUCAUGGGGCUUCUGAGUGAAAAUGCAUAAGGUUGUGUUACAUAUCUGAUAAUCACCAGGCUGUUUCAUUUUCUUAGUAAUCCUUUUCUUUUCUCCUUUCCCCUUUCUGUUACGUAACCCCCCACUUCUUAAUAGGUGACAAGAACAAAAUUCAAAAACUGGUUCAAAUGGCAUGGACAUUUGUAAACGACAGGUAAAAACCCUGCAGUCAUAUGCUAAUUUUUACUAAAAAUCAUUAUGCUCAGUAGUUAAUCACUUAUUGAGGCUUCUAUUCACUUUCUUUUCUGAAGCAUUUCCAAAAAACUUGAAAAUGGCAGCAUUCAGACUUUUAGUCUACCCCAUCCCACAUCCUUGGCCACACAUGACAAGUACUCUGCAAUGUGGCUAUAGUUGUAUAUUGAAGUGUGCAGUGGAUGGAAGAGGAACAUGAUGUGGAAGUGCUAAAUCAAGUACCUGGAAAUGGUAAUGGGCUGGAUGGGAACCAGUGAACUAAAGCUCAGUCCAGACAAGAUGGGGAUGUGAACAGUGGAUGAUUCAUUGGCUCCGUUAAGUGGCAUUCAACCUGUUGUCGAGAAGGUUGCACUCCCCUGAAGGAUCAGGUUUAUAGUCCUGAAGUGCUCAUUAAUCCAUCUUUGUCACAAGAGACACAAGCAGCCUCUGGUCUGAAGUGCUAUUUACUAGCUUAGCCCUCCCUGGGCAAGGGAUAGUUUCACUUCAGUUAUCCAGACCCAUUAGAACUACUGUGAUGCAUUGUGCAUGGGGCUGCCUUUUGUAAAUAGUCCAGAAGCUUCAGUUAGUAAGAUUUAUUUACUGCCUUCCUCCUAAAGGACUCCCAGUGGUUUAUGUUUUAUAAUACCAUAUACCAGUGUCUGAUGAUAAUGGAUUCUGGUUUGGUUUUUCUAGUCUGUGCACUACAUUGUCGCUGCAGUGGGAGCCUGAGAUCAUAGCGGUUGCUGUCAUGUAUCUGGCUGGCCGCUUGUGCAAGUUUGAGAUUCAGGAGUGGACAUCAAAGCCAAUGUACAGAAGGUGGUGGGAGCAGUUUGUGCAAGAUGUACCUGUGGAUGUCCUGGAAGGUACCAAAAGUAUUUGCUGCCCAAAAUAGGCAUGAUUUGUACAACUUGGAUGCAAACUGCUGUUUAUUAUAAACCAGAAUAUAGCAUGAUAGCUCAGUUGGUUAGAGCAUGGUUCUGAUAAUGCCAAGGUUGCAGGUUCGAUCCCCGUGUGGGACAACGGCAUAUUUCUGCAUUGCAGGGGGUUGGACUAGAUGAUCCUCGGGAUCCCUGCCAAGUCUACAAUUCUGUGAUUCUAUUUAAAUAAACUGGGGUCUUCACAGCCCUCAUUCAGAGCCUGUCUGGGAAAAGUAGUUUCAUGUUCUCUUUGCCUCCUUCCAAAUAUUGAUAAAUAUUUAUCAGUGUUUAUAUCAUACCUUUUGAACCUUAUUUGUAGGUAUGGAAUGCUUUGGGUCCUUCAGUAAAACCAUGUUUAAAAAGGGCCCAUACUUUUAAAGAAGCAUUCACUCAACAGUUUGCCUUCUGAUGGUUUUGAUCUCAAAUCUUGUGAGCAGAGUUCUACUCACAUAAAGCUCUGCUGGAUAAGGGGGGGCAAGUUUCAUUUAUUUAUUCUUUCUGAAGCCCUCUGUGCCCCCUCAAAAUUUGCUCUGGCAAGCGCGAGAGAGCAGCACAGAAGAGGUGAUGGGGGAGACAGGGGAGCUGCAAGGGAAAGAGGGAAUCGGCAACAACCUCAUAGGGGGGCAGUUGUUUGUCAUGGCCAGCUGAGAAGCUGGCAGGCACUCAGAAUGUCAUAUAAAGGAAAGCUAAGAAAAUAAAUGAAGUUUGUGGUUCCUUGGAAAAGCAUUAGAUAAAAUGUUUCUGGUGUGUUUUUGAACACAACUUACAAAUAUAAUUCUCACGCUUUAGCUGUCCACCAGGGCGUGUAACUUUCUGUCUUUUAUUUCAUUGUUUUAAAAGACAUCUGUCACCAGAUCCUGGAUCUGUACUCGCAGGGGAAGCAACAAAUGCCUCAUCACACCCCACAUCAGCUGCAGCAGCCUCCUUCCCUUCAGUCGACGCCUCCGGUGCCUCCAACCCAGCAGUCUCAAAGCUCAGAGCAGUCACAGGCACAACAGCCGAAAGAGUCUCAACAGGCAGGACAGCCGCCCCCACCCCCACCUCCGCAAACACAGCCGUCCAAAAAACCAUCUCCUCAGUCAAGUCCUCCCAGGCAGGCGAAAAGACCAGUGGUAAGAAUAACAGAAAUGAUAUUAUUGUAUUGGAAAGUACAGUGGCCAUUUUUUAAAUCAGACGUUGGUAACAGGAUGUCUUUCUGGAGAAGCUAUGCAAUACAGUACUUACAUAAAGCUCUUAACUGUGCUUUGCACUGUACAUAAAUAGAAUAAACAACUAUCUAAAGUUUUCAGAAAGCCUUGAACAAUAUGGAAACGUACAUGGUGUUGCAGUUUUAUUGAUUGAUUGAAAUUAAGGAUUUUGAUCAUAAUAUUUUUUUAAAAUAUGAUUCUACAUAAGACCCUAACUCUUAACUCACCAACAUUUGAUGUCCAGAGUGGCUAAUUUCGGAUUUCUUGAUACUCAGUGCUUUGAAUACUGCUGGUGUGAUUUGUGUGUUUGAUUUGCACAAUUUUUUCUCAAUAACAGGCAGCAUCACCAAAGGACGAAACCAAAACUACAGGUAUUCCCCCCCCUUUUUUUUAAAUGACCUUGUUUUGUAUGGUAAAACAAUCGUUGAAUUAUUAAAGUUUACUGUUGGCGCUGUGGGUUAAACCACAGAGCCUAGGACUUGCCGAUCAGAAGUUCGACGGUUCGAAUCCCCGCGACAGGGUGAGCUCCCGUUGCUCGAUCCCUGUUACUGCCAACCUAGCAGUUUGAAAGCACGUCAAAGUGCAAGUAGAUAAAUAGGUACUGCUCCAGCGGGAAGGUAAACGGCGUUUCCGUGCGCUGCUCUGGUUCGCCAGAAGCGGCUUAGUCAUGCUGGCCACAUGACCCAGAAGCUGUACGCCAGCUCUCUCGGCCAAUAAAGCGAGAUGAGCGCCGCAACCCCAGAGCCGGCCACAACAGGACCUAACGGUCAGGGGUCCCUUUACCUUUUUAAAUUAUGCAUAACUACCCGCAGCUAAGUCACAAUGAAUGUUUAAUUGCAUUAUUUUCUUCGAAGAAACCUUGGUUGCUAUCUUUUUGGAUGUGACACUCACAAGAUCAUCUCUGUUUUGCUCUAUUUUCAGAGGCUCCUCCUCCUAAAAUUGCUAAAAUUGAGACUUCACACCCACCAGCACCCCCUGCGCAUCCACCACCUGGUAAGUUCUGCUGCCAUCUGCAAAGUGUGUGUUGCCUCCUCUGUUUUUCUCUGAAACUCUACAUAGGCUGGAAUUGUCAGCAUAUGAUUAGCCCAUACCCAGCACGUCCCACAGGAGCCCAGGAUUUGGAUGGCUAUUGCAAUGGUGUCUCUGGCGGCCUCCCUCUUACAUCAUGGAUGUCGGCUCAUGUUUCCACUAACCCGAUCAAUGUACCAAAGAUGGCAUUCAAACCAAAAACUUCCUUUUCCAUUGCUCCCUUUCUGCUGAAGAUUCCCUCUGCUGUUGUUUUGACAAAAGACAUUGGACACAUAAUCCCACAGCAAGGGAGUUUAUAAGUCUCUAUGGCAGCUGAGUCUAUUAGGCCAAAAUGGUUAUUGUGCAUUGUUGAGGUUUUGUUACAUGGACCUCAGCGGUUUCCUGGGAGCAUACUGUUGGUUGAGGUCGAGUUCAACCUCAUCAGGACAAAGGAAAAAACAUGUCUUCUCCCUUUCAUGUCCAAGCAAGCAGCAUAAGCAAUAGCUAUACACAAAACGGAAGUUCCCAGCAAGCUGUGCUGGAGUGUAAACAGGCUUAUGACACACAACAGUCACGCCUGUUCCUCUUAAGGUGGAACGGAAUAUUCUAACACAUAUGUAUCAGCUCCUAACACGUACAGAUCAAUUGCCCUGUUAGCUGACAGUGUUCUUUCUGUCAUGCGCAGAUGCAGUUGUGACUGAAGUGUUGUGUUCUUUGUUGCUGUUUUUCAGAGCAUAAGCCGCCUCUGACUGCCGCUGUUUCCAUGGCAGGCGAUCAGACGACUACAACAGAUUCUGUAGACAUGGCAAAGGUGCAGAUUGCUCCUCCGUCGCAUCCCGCUCCUGUGCAUCAGCCGCCCCCUAUGCCUCACCGCCCGCCACCUCCGCCUCCGCCGUCCAGUUACAUCACCGGCAUGUCCACCACCAAUUCUUACAUGUCAGGAGAGGGCUAUCAGAGCCUUCAGUCAAUGAUGAAGACCGAAGCGCCGACCUACGGAGCUCUGCCACCCUCCUAUGGACCCCCAACUCACUUACCAUACCACCCGCAUGUGUACCCUCCCAACCCUCCUCCUCCUGUUCCGCCACCCACGUCAUUCCCCCCACCAACUAUUCCUCCUCCUACCCCGGGCUACCCGCCACCGCCUACCUACAAUCCUAACUUCCCCCCUCCCCGGUUACCUCCUUCUCAUGCUGUCCCGCCUCAUCCUCCUCCAGGACUGGGAAUGCCACCAGCAAACUACCCCCCUCCUGCCGUGCCCCCUGGUGGGCAGCCGCCAGUGCCACCUCCCAUACCGCCACCUGGGAUGCCACCUGUUGCUGGACUUGGACGUGCUACCUGGAUGAGAUAGCAGUUGUACAUAGCAUACACUUUAACCUGGGGGGUGGGGGAGGGAAAUGGUUUAAGCAGGAUAGCUGAGCGGCAACUAGGGGAAUAGUUUGUAUAAUGAAGAGGCUGGUGUAUGGAAUCUAGGAGGCAGUGACUUAGAAUUUUGACCAGUUUGUUCACGGUUAGUAGAGGGCAAUGCAGGCUUUUUGUUUCAAUAUUGCAAAGCUAACUGAAAUCCAAGUUGUUCCGAGUUCAUUCUAGCACUGGAUUACUUUGCACUAGUGAAGAUGUUUUAAAAGCCAUAUUGGCUAAGUUAUAUUGGUAAGAAGAAAACUUGCUUCUAGAAAUCAGUGCCUACUUACUGAGUGUCGGGAUUAAGGUUAGCAUUCCAUCCGAGAGACCCUUUCUGGUUUUCAUUUAUGUAGUGUUCCAGCAACACUUAGAGGCAAUUUUAUUUAAUAUAUAUGCACAUAUAUAACACUCAACUGAUUGCUGAUGAGCCUCCAUUGGUGUCUGGCUUUCUGUCAUUUUUGGUUUGGAAUGUACUGGGUUCUUGACCUGUAAUGUAUGUUUAAACCUACAUGCAAAUUCCUGUACAUAAAUAUCUAUAUUUUCUAAGUGUGGAAGUCUGAAUGUAAUGGCAUAUUGUGAUUUACAACUUGGUUAAAAAAAAAAAAAAGGCUGACUUUGUGGAAAUGUACCCGAAUAAACCUGGUCCUGGACUCUA